AUGGCGCCAAUGUGGCGCUAUACAAUUUUUCUACUUAUCAGUUUUCUACUUGUAUCAAAUUCUGAGUAAGUUUUGAAAAAAUACAAAACAGGUCCCACCGGGAAUUGAACCCGCGACCAAAAAUUCAAAACGAAACAAUUGCCACGCUUCACCCUUUUUUCAAGCUUAACAAGAAAAAAAACAAGUUCAAAAAUCACGAAUUUUUCCCAAAUGAUGAAUAAAUUAUUCUGGAAACGUGCCAAGUUACAAGUUUUUGAAAGUGACGCCAAGUUUUUGUUUGAGUGGGAAAACAGCUGGAAUUUUUUGAGAACUUGCCAAUUGGGUUGCAAAAAUGUGAUUUCUGUCAAUUCAAAAACAUUUUGCAGAGAAGUUAGGAAAAGUAGGAUUUGCCAAGUGUGAUUUUUGACGAGUAGGCGAAUUUCGGUGCGAAAAUUGAUUGACUAUCAAAAGCGAGAAUUUCAAAAAUUCAAAUUAACCUUAAACUUUUAAAGACGGGGACAAUUUAGAAAUUAAAAUUUUUCUAAUAUUCUAAGCAGGCGGGAAUUUCAAUAAUUCAAAUUUUUGUUUGCAGAUGUCAAUCGGAGCCAAUAAAAGACAAAAAACACAAACAAUCAAUUCAACAUGGCCCAUCUUAUAUGCGAAAACGAACAAAUCCAUCAAUAUUUUUGCGACCUCAGCGGCCAACUUUGGCAUUAUUUCUUAUUUCGUGA